AUGAUUUUUGCCACCCGAUCCGCAACUCAGCUCCGGUCCGCCACAUGGCGCGCCGCGACUGCCGCACCGCGCUUCACGUCAACCCGUCUGCUGUCCAUCGGCAGCAAGAGCGGCACAACUCCGGCCCCCAUUGAGCCGACCGAGUCGCAGGCAAUCCCACUGGGCAAGUUCUACGAGUACAUCUUGAAUGAGCCCCAGCCGAUCCCGGAUGUGAAGUCCGAAGAGCCGCCCGUCACCGCCGCAAAGUCGGCAAAGGCCAAGUCUAGCAAGGGAACCGAGUCGGGCAACGGCAAGAAGUCGUCUGCUUAA